UUAUCGGGAGGAAAGAAACAGAUUCGAGGAGGGAACAAAUCUCAGAUUCUAUAAAUAAAAUCCGGGUCAAAGUAAUAGUCAAAGUUUCAUCUCCUUUCCCCUCCACUUCUCUCUCUCUCUCUCUGAGCGGUCAGCGAUUAUCUCCGUGCCCUAAAUCUCAAAACCAGGAAGAACCCUAAUCGCAGAUUUUGUUCUUAGAUGAUUAUCAGUUAAUAAUGCUAUCUGGAAUCAAGUUUAUUCCACGGGAUCAACUAAAGACUGAUUUGAGUUCAUCUUCUGUAGAAGAGAGGAGAAAAUCUAGUAAUAAGAAGGAGAAACGUAGGAGAAAAAAGAAACAUCAAGAGUAUUCAUCUGGGUCUUCUUCUGAUAGUGAGAGUAGUGAUUCUGAUGUUGACAUAAAGAGUCACCGGAGUAGAGGGAAAAACAAGAAAUCCUCCAAAAAGAGGAAAAAUAGGCAUUCUACUAGCAGUUCAGAUUCAGAAAGUGAAGAGGAGGGUAGAAGGCGGAAGCAUGAAUCUAGGAAGAAGGAAAGAGGGCAUAGAUCUGAGGCACAGGAAGGCGUAUCAGAUUCUGUUCCUCGCGAUGUAAAUGAACUUGCACGGAAGGAGGCGGGAUUGGACUGGAUGCUAAAGCCUAAAUAUGAUCCAGAAAAGAUAUCUGUCCAAACUACUGAUUUACCGGAGGAACCUCAAGUCGAAGAGGUAAAGAAACCAAAUCCUAGAGAAUUGAAUCCAUACUAUAAGAAUGAUGGUGGUGGGUUCCCUGAAGAUGAAGUCCAAACGAAGGUUCGUGGGAGCCAACUUCCAUCUUCUUCAGUUGUUGGAGAUGGUGGUGCAAGCUGGCGGUUGAAAGCCUUGAAGCGUGCACAAGAGCAAGCUGCUCGCGAUGGCCGAAAGCUUGAGGAGGUUGUUGAAGAACAUUGGGGUUCUCUAGGUCAACUUGACGUUUCUGCAGCAGCUCGUGCUGCUCCUAAUCGUGCUCAUUUGCAUGCGAUAAGAAAUAGACAGAGGACGAAUGAAUCUGUUUCAGACGACAAAGUUAACGUGGAUGGAAAAAGUGUAAACGAUGGGAAGCGGGAUUACUUAAAAGAUGUAUCUGUCCGACGACCUGAAAUGAGAGAACCUAAAGUUCCUGAUUCGCUGUCUUGGAGAAAGAGGAACGGUGCGGUGAUGUCUACGGAGACUGCUCAGGUCAUCUCUGCUGCAGCUUCCAGCCUAAACAAGUUUGCAAACGAUGGGAGCUUUUUGCGUCAACUUGCUGCUAAUCAAAAGAAAGAGGAUGAUGGUCCUAGUUGCUCCCCCAGAGAUAUGGAGACUGUAAACAUGGAAGUAAGUUCAGCAGGGGUGGGCAAACCUAGUGAGGAGAGUGCAUCUGGUAAACAAGAGUUAAGUGUGAAUCAGUUGGCAGCUAAGGCUAUGCAGCUUAGAAUGAAAGGAAAGCAUGACGAAGCAGACAAACUUAUGAAAGAGGUAGAGAUCAUGAAGAUGAAGGAUAGUGAGUCAAAGUCAGCCGGGCAUGGAGCUAAGGGAAGUGCAACCAGGCAUGUCUUACACAAACUAUCUCUCCGAGAAAAGGAAAAAGUGGAGGCUGCUGAUAUGAAUUUGGCCCAGACUAUUGUGCACAAUAAGCAGUAUGGCCGGGAAGAUGAUGAGUAUGAUUUUGAGGUUGGUCCAAAUCAAAAGCGAAAUAAGAAAAAAGUAGCAGUGCCAGAACGAGACAAAAACGUCGGAAUUGCUAGUCGGAUAAUGACUCAGCAAGAACGCUGUCAAUUUUGCUUUGAAAACCCAACAAGGCCAAAACAUCUUGUUGUUGCAAUAGCAAAUUUCACUUAUUUGAUGUUACCACAAUGGCAGCCUGUCGUGCAAGGCCAUUGCUACAUUUUACCUAUGCAGCAUGAAGCAGCCACUAGAAAUAUUGACAACAAUGUGUGGGAUGAAAUUCGCAACUUCAAGAAAUGCCUCAUCAUGAUGUUUGGAAAGCAAGAUAAAGAUGUGCUGUUCCUUGAAACUGUGAUGGACAUCGCAAAGCAACGGCGGCAUUGCUUGGUCGAAUGUAUUCCUUUACCCCGAAAAAUCGCAAAGCAGGCCCCUUUGUAUUUUAAAAAGGCAAUAGAUGAAGCAGAGGAUGAGUGGAGCCAACACAAUGCAAAAAAGCUGAUCGACACAAGCAAGAAAGGAUUACGUGGUUCAAUCCCAAAGGACUUCCCUUAUUUCCAUGUCGAGUUUGGUCUAGAUAAGAGUUUUGUCCAUAUAAUAGACGAUGAAAGCCAGUUUAAGAGCAACAUUGGUAUAAAUGUCAUUAGAGGCAUGCUUCAAUUACCUGAGGAGGACAUGUACCGGCGGCGGCAGAAGAACGAUUCAAUAGAAUCUCAGAAACAAGCUGUAGGACUCUUUGUCAAAGAGUGGGAACCGUUUGAUUGGACGAAGCAGCUUGGUUAGGACUUGGGACUUUGUAAUCGUAUUAUCACAUUACAGUUGCCAAGUGUAAAUCUCAACCAUUGAAUUUGUGUUUUUCUUUUUGAAGAGUACAUGAAUAUUCAAGAAAUGAAAGUGGAAAAGAAGCUUGAAAACUAGUUUCAGUUACUAUCUUCAGAUUUGUAAGACCAUUGCCUGUGAAAACUGUAUGAGAUGCAACAUAAAAAUGUUGCUUUUCUUGACUA